UCAUCACCAGCUGUUUAGUUUACUUUUUAGGUUAUGUAAAUGUGUGUCAACAAAUUAAAAUAAACAUUAAACCCAAUUUCUUUUUUUAUUCACUUAAUCGCUGAAAACAUGGGUGAACCGCCCAAAAAAGAUUACCCUCCCGGCUGGAAUGACCCACCAAUGUUAAAUUACUCCCCAAGUAACCCACCUCCAAAAUCCCGUAUAGGCAGUAAAAGGGUGGCAUUCCCUCUGGGUUCGGCCAACUCUAGCCCCCAACCUGUACCCUCAGGUGAAUCACCUAAAAUGCCUCCUUUACCCUCAACAGAUGGUUCGCCUUGCAAUGAAGAAUUAUACUUAAGAGGUAGCAAAAACUUCAAUGCUUGUCUAGAAAAUUUAGAUGAAGAUUCAAAAGAACAGGUUUGGAUGAUGUUAUCAGCAUGGCAAGGGGGGACAUUUUCUGAUAAUGUUCAGGAAUUCUUAGCCGAUUUGUCUGAACCACUCUCCUUAAAAACUUUUUCCAGUGUAAAUCCCCUUAACAUGCGUUUUACUAUAUUAGCAAAGGAUCCUGGGCUACAGAAGUAUUUACCUAUUUUAAAGCAUUUGAUGUCAAAGUGUUCUGCGCCAGUGUAAUUAUUUUUAAAAUCAUUUUUAGGGUGUCACCGCAUGAUGAUUUUUAACCUCCAAAUCAUUUCACUAGAAAUUUCUGCUCCUAAUAUAUUUAGGACAGUUCCAGUGACACCUAAUAAUUAUUUCCAGUUGUAAAAUAAUUGUGAUUUUUUUGUUUUUUAAUAUAACUUAUUAAAUAAAACAAUUUUCUAGUGAA